UUCUAUUAGUCCAACUUCAAUCUCAGUCUUACCUCGAAAUUCCGAAAAAUAAACCACUAUCUAUUCCCGAUAUUACUGAGAAUCCAAUCUACCCGGCGCAUUCAACCCCAUUGAUUGAUUUCGUAUUCCUCGGCUCUCCGUGGCGUCGCAUCAGCUCCUCGCAAUGACGCGCUGGUAGUCCCCUACCACCUAAUCCUCCGUAAUCAGCGGUUGAUGAGUAUGGAAUCCCGCCAACUGGUCCAUACUCAACUACCCGAGUGAAGUCCCAAUCUUUUCUCCGAGUCCUAGCGAACGAGACAGACUUAGACCGCACAUCCUCUCUCUGUCAUGGUCGCCAUUGCACCAUCCAAAUGGCUACCACGUCCGGCCAGCAAUCGGCCAAUUUGGCAAACAAUACAUCCUCCAUUGCGAGAAACUCGAACACUAGCGGCCACCAACUCUCCGAAUCUCCCACGCCGGGACUGACCGCACCGUCACCAACACUAGCCGGCCCUACCGCCAAUGGUAACGCCAAUGGCCUGCUACCUUCUACCUUACCUCAUGAUGCAUCUAUGCAUCAUGAUUUGAGAUUAUACCCCCGAGAUGGACGAGUGAGGAAUCCCGUUCCGAGCAAGCUAAAGGAUGUUACCGAGCAAAUGAAAGGAAAUUUCAGCGUUAUGCAUAUGGAUGUUGCUAGCCACCGCGCAAGCGAAGGUCGCGAUGCUGCUGCGAAGCGCACGAGUGAAAGUACUGCACUGCAGGCUAAGUUAGCUCAGACUGACACCUACGUGUCCCAUCAACGAAGGGCUAACUACCCACGGCCGCCUGGAUUAAAACAAUUCACAUCUCCUAGGAAAUCUACCGAACCACCGGCUUCUGCAGCACCGGCAGCAUCACCAGCACCGGUAUCAGUGCCGGCACCAACACCGACGCCAGUACCAGUGCCAGCACCAGCGGCAGCACCAGCAGUUCCCGCCGCUGCUGGACCGACAUUAACCCAACCCCUUACGGUGGCAGAAACAAAGGCCGAACAAGCCCGGUUGUUGACGCUUCUGAGGACUCUGGCUCCCGCUCUUGUGGUUGAUCAGUUAUGCAAGGCAUUGGCGUUCUUUGGUGGUAUACCUGAUGCUCCACCUCCCACUGAUGGCAAAUUCCCUGAAAGCGCCGAGGCAAACGGCCCUGGCUCUCUGUUUGUUGGGUGGAUCGCUGAAAUAUUUCCUAAUCUUGACGAGCCUCGAAGGCGGGCGCCGAUUCCGUCCUCACAGUAUAUGAAUCAGCGGCGACCGAGGGGACGGCCUAAAGGUAGCAAAGCCACCAAAUCCCGAAGCGAUAAGGGCAUUAAGAAGAUUAAUAAGGGAACGUCAAACCGAGCCCAAGAGCCCCAAGAUGAUAGUUGGGUGGAUGUGGAUGAAAGUGUUAUGGGACUAAAUGGGGACGAUGACCUCGUUGAAAUCGAGAGGGCGUUGGCGAAUGCUCCGAGCACACCUCCACGGGUCCCCGAUGCGGCACAGUUCGGCAACACUCCGGCCACCGGUGGCUCGACCGGCGGGUUCAAGUCCAUUAACGAUUCUAAUACAAUUGCGCCUAAUUCUAGUACGAAGCGGCGUGGCCGGCCGAAGGGUUCUAAAAACAGACCUAAGGAAAUGACCGGUUCGCAACCUGGAGGGCAGUCAGCUGAAUCUGCGCUUUCGAAUUUAAGCGUAUCUCAUCAGGCUGAUCAUGUGUCGGCAAUUCCCAUUCCACCGAAGGUGACUCCAGUGCCAGUACCAAUUCCGAUGUUGGGUGAGCAGUUGAAUAAGAAGAAGGCAAACUCGGGACGACCUAAGGGCUCUAAGAAUCGCCCAAAGGCUCCCAAUGAGCCAACAGCUCAGGAUUCAACUACAUCUCAACAGCAGACUCCUGAUCUAUUAAACCACCAGAAUAGUCAACGUCCGAGUUAUACCGCUGGAAUUAGUCAUUCAUUUGCUAGUAGUAGUACUGCUCCCGCUAUCACUAAUGCUAGUGCUUCUCAGAAGGACAAACAAACCCAAGGGCCAAUAUCAUCUGGUGUGUCCAGCACUCAAGUCCCGAUGCCGACUCCUCAGGUAAAAGAGUCGACAAUAAGCGGCAAGAAGCGCAAACGCCAGCCUGCUCCCGCAAGCGUUACUAACCCCCCGACCCAGACUGAUGGAGUCUCGAAUAGCGUUGGCGGGAGCCAUCCAAUAUCUCAGCAAGGGUCGUCUACUAUCUCUCAAGCAACUCCUACAUCGGUUUCUCAAGUUCAAUCGUCAGCGGGCCAGCCUAUCCAACCACCUGUUAGUAGUGCAGCAGCACCGUCAGCUAAGCGGUCUCGGAAAUCACAGGAGGCGGGCUCGCUUCAUACAUCCAAACGCUCAACCCCGAAUAGCAUGGGAACUAAGAACUCUGCGAACUCUGCGACAGCAACCUUAGAUCCAGCUCACCAAACUAGUCAAGUGGCAACUUCAUCUCAAGGACAUAUACAAGCCGAUGGCCUCGAAGCCCAUUACGAACGUAUAGCUGCAUUAAACCAGAAUCUUGGUGAUCAAGUGCAAGGAAACGCCAAUCGCUCCCAAAAACAGCAGCAGCAUCACCAAGCUACGGCACCGAUUGGACAUACAGCCUCUCCGGUUCCCGCAGAAGGGUUAGAGGCUCAUUACGAGCGAUUUACUGCCCUCCAGAACCGCCAAGAGAAUCCUAGACAACCGACGGCUAGUCGACAACAGAUGCAACAACAAACCGCUCAGACCGCCUCGCCUAUUCCAUCACAGACUUCAAAGGGUCCUCAAAUGCCUUCUACUUUAACGUCACAUCAACAGACCAGGACAUCGCAGAGUUACUACCCCCAAGCACAGACUCUCAGCUCAUCUUACAACGCACAGACCCCCACGUAUUCUACGAACCAACGACAACCUCAACAUAUGGCUACCGGUUCUCCUGGGACCAGCCUUGUACAACACAUAACUAAUUCCCCCCAGUUUGGCGCACAAUCUAAUUCGCCUUUGAUGCAAGGGGACACUAAUUACAGAGGAUCACCAUCGUUGGUUCAUAACAACCCAGGGUACCCACCCCGUCGGACGCCCUCGGCAUCGCCUCUCGAUAAUAACUACCGCACGAGUAGUAGUACGGGUCAUGGCGUAUCUAAUCACUCGCCCCAUUUCGGCGCGCGUCAGACUCCAACGACUACCCAUAGCACAUCACACCCUACAAUGUCGUCAGCCUUCACGCCCUUCACAGAGUCGGGCCUGUUUGAUAUGCAAGGCUUGGAUUCUAGUAGUAAUCACGGUGGGCUUGGACUCGGCACUGGCUCAUACGGCCUCGGAAGCGGAGGCGGCGGCGGCGUGCCGCCACAGCAACGAACAACAGCCUCAAGCGCAGCAUCCCUCUACUCUUCAACCACAGGGAUGAGUAAUAGCUACUUAUCCUCAAAUGUCGGUCGUACCACCCAGAAUAGGUGGCCAUCAUGAACUGACUCAUGUCAUGAUAUCUGGGAGGGUGAGGAAGCGCUAGGAGGGAAGGGGUUCAAAUUUGCACAUGAUAUACGACGGAAUGUGGCGUUUAUAGGCAAGGGACGAAAAAAAUAUAAAGUGGCGUUUGAAUUCAUGGAUUUUUUUCAGGGUCGCGACAGCGACCUAAUUGGUUUUUCUCCUCUCUUAUUUUUCUCGUUUCUUUCGAAAGCAUGGUUCAUGA